UACUUGCCUUGCCUCCAAUCUGAGACUUAUCCAUCUCCCAAUACGGCGUGUCUCACUCGUUCUGGCCUUUUCGGAUAUCUCGAACUCUGUUCUAUUGAGAUCCCAAACCCUCCUACCUCUGCAGGAUCUUUUUCGUCAUCUAUCUGGCCUCCCAACAACAAUCCCAUCCUCCCUCGUUCAGACGUCACACACGGAGUACCGAAAGCGAAGCUUGCCUGUCUCUCAUAGAGACACCACUAGAGUCAGAUUUCGACCCCAGCAGGAUAGAGCAACGUCUCGUCCAUGACCUCCCAUACUACCCUCCACCGGACAAUCUCCUUCCAAGUCGAUGCCAGACUCGCACCUCCAGUCUCGUCCUACAAUCCAGCCAUGAGUUCCGGGAAAAGUGGACGGAGGAGGCGAUCUAGCAGUAUCAUCUACCAAGAGCCGCCGGAGUCAUUAGAACAGAUCAGCGACCAGUCAGCCGAACCGAACCUCAACUCACAAUGGGUCAAUGCAAAAGGCGCUUGGACGAUACAUCCUGUCCUCAUCAUUGGGCUCAAGAUCUUAUUUGAUAUUAUCCCUGGCGUAACACAGGAGAUAUCAUGGACGCUCACCAAUAUCACAUAUAUGGCCGGCUCGUACCUGAUGUUCCACUAUGUUCGAGGUGUACCGUUCGAAUUCAAUGCAGGAGCAUACGACAAUCUGAACAUGUGGGAACAAAUCGACAAUGGUGACCAGUACACACCGGCGAAGAAAUUCCUGUUGACCGUGCCCAUCGUCCUGUUCCUCCUGAGCACGCAUUAUACACAUUACGACUUUACAUAUUUCACCGUCAACUUCAUGGCCCUCAUGGCUGUUGUGAUACCCAAAUUGCCUCAAUUUCACCGGGUUAGGAUCGGUCUGUUUUCGGAGCCUCCGGACGAGUAAAUCUACACAUCAUCCAAGAUCGAGACGGUGCGACAUCUUGGUCACGGGACGACUUCCUACGCUUACAUUCCUUUCUAAUCAUGUGUUUUGCCUUUGCUUUUCAGGAGGGGGUCCCCUUCGACGUGUAACAACUCGGUAUGGAGAACAAUUUGAACGGCGACUGGCUUCAUUGGGAUCUCACGCUGGAAAAGUCGAGGUAGAAAGGGCCAUGCAAUGGCGGAGGAAAAUAUGUCAUGGGAUAUGGGAACUCUUUUAGUUGUCAAAUUCCAUCAUCAACAUGCAUUUCAACGCUAUUGCUAUCCUGUGUCUACCGUACAGUGCGACGCGAC